ACCAAUUUUCUCUAUUCUUUCGAAGGGUCCAGCCGUGCCUCUUGAAACUGGAGAUGAAUUUCCAAGUCUAACAACAGGCCAAGAUGGCAAUGUUGCCAACUACUGGCAGGGUUCCACUGCUAGAUGAUGUGGUGUGUCGGUUAAUUGUUAUUGUUCCCCGCCUUGGUCCAUGGGGAGAGGCGGCUGCUUUUACAACAUCCUGGUGUGUCUCUUCCACUUUCCACUGUUGUCCUCAGCUUACUCCCAUUGCUGCAAAUUGAGCUGGAAGAGCCCAGUCUGAUUCCCAGUAUUAAUCAGAUAUGUCCAAUGUGUGUAUAAGAAGGGCAGAUGUGUCCAGUAUGCAUUGGAAUAGUCCAAUGCACACCAGAAGUGCCCAGUAUGCAUCAGAAGAGCUCAGUGCACCUUGGCAGUCCCCAGUGUACAUUGGAAGAGCCCAGUCUGCCUCGGAAGAUAACCAGUCAGAUGCCUGGUGUGCAUCAGAUAUGCCCAGUGCACAUUGGAAGAGCACAGUGCACAUCAGAAGAUAAUCAGUCUAUUGCCUAGUGUGCAUCAGAUGUGCCUAGCGUGCAUCAGAAGAGCCCAGUGCACCUUGGAACUCCCCAGAAUGCAUUAGAAGUACACAUUGGAAGAGCCCAGUAUGCAUCGGACGAUAACCAGUCAGAUGCCCAGUGUGGAUCAGAUGUGCCUAGUGUGCAUCGGAGGAGCAUACUGUGCAUCAAACAUGCCCAAUGUGCCAGUACUCCAAGACGCAUCUUGGCAAUUCACUAUCAAGGUUCCCUUGCACCUCUGCGGUGUAACUAAAGGUUGGUAAAGUACACAACUUGGACCAUGGUGCAGACUCUCAGCCUGUGUAUUGUGGUAACCUCUGGGUUAGGCAAGGCUUGGCAUCUCCACUGGGUCUGCUCACUGCUGUUUAUGCGCUGAUAACACCGGUUGCCGAAUAUAUGGCAAAAGUCCAAGGUUUACAGAGGAGCAGGCAAAGAAGCCGACAGAGAUACUCAAAGGGAGGAGUUGUUUUGCUGCAGCAUCAAUAUCUGACCGAUAGUGUCAACUUUCACUCCUGUUUCAAAACAGCCCUUUGGUCCUGCCUUGUUUUCCCUCUUCGUAGGUAGAUGUACGUGAUGCAAGGUGUAAAAUCAAUACUUUCCCACAGAUAUUUGGGGAUUAUAAUACCCAUCAUCUCUCCAUAGAUGGCAUCAGCAAUGCUGAGGGUUGAUGUGAGUUGCAGUCCAACACCAGAGUGUGGUCAAGAUGGCAAACGUUAUGAAUGAGGAAGAAGAGACAAGCUACUUCUCUAACUUUCCUAACUUUCUUGCCUUCUCUAACUUUCCAUCCUCUUCUUCAGUCACCCACCGAUGAGGUUUGCUCUGUGGAGCCAAUCCGCCCAUCCUUUUGCUUUGGGCAUCCUUGGGGCAGUCCAGGUGGACCGUCCCAUUGGGCAGCCAGGCUGGGAAAGUGACUUAGGCCCAGGGCAAAGGUAAUGAAACCGGCUAUAAAAUGGAAGGAGAGCCAGCCAGACGCACCAGCUGCUCCUCUGCCAAAGAGGCUUGGGUGCCACACCUGAGUCUGGGAGCUACGGACCGACCGGGUAACCUUGCUUCUUUGCACCGAUCCAGAAUCUUGCUGCACUGGAAUGGUUUCCAAAUCACAUGCAGCAGCACUGGCAUGAGAAACCAUCUAUAAAGGAUGCCCUGGGUGAAGCCAUGGGGAAAACCCACAGACCAGGUUGGCUGAUGCCACUCUGCACCAUCACCGGUAUGUAGUGCCAUCUCUUUUACACUCCACAAGGGUCUGAGCAGAGUCGGCCUUGGGUUUCCAUCAGAUCCGGAUUAGCUCCAUCUAAAUUCCCCCACCUUCCUCCUUUCUUUUCUUUUCUCCCUUCAUUUCCCCAUUCCCUUCUUCUUCUUCAUUUGAACACUCAGUUUCCGGCAUUUUAAGAAUCUCAAGAUGGUGCAGAAGAAAACCGAGCUCAAAGGCUUUCAUCGUUCUUUUAAGGGCCAGAAUCCAUUCGACCUGGAAUUCUCCCAAUCAAAUCACUUGGAGUCUGUCUUUAACUUUGAAUGUUCAUCUCGGCCCGACAUGCCUUCAAGUCAACCCAUCGACAUCCCCAAUGCCAAGAGAAGAAACAAGAAGAAAAAACGCUGCAGGGCAACAGAUAGCUUUUCAGGAAGGUUUGAAGAUGUUUACCAGCUCAAAGAAGAAGUCCUUGGCGAAGGAGCACACGCAAAAGUCCAGGCCUGUGUUAACCUCAUUACCAAUAAGGAGUAUGCAGUGAAGAUAAUUGAGAAGCGUCUCGGACAUAUCCGAAGCCGGGUCUUCCGAGAAGUGGAGAUGCUCUACCAGUGCCAAGGACAUAGAAACAUCUUGGAACUGAUUGAGUUCUUUGAAGAGGAGGACCGUUUCUACCUCGUGUUUGAGAAGAUGAGAGGAGGCUCCAUCUUAACUCACAUCCAUCGUCGGCGCCAUUUCAAUGAACUGGAGGCCAGCAUGGUGGUGCAUGAUAUAGCCAGUGCCCUUAAUUUCUUGCACAACAAAGGAAUAGCACAUAGAGAUUUAAAGCCGGAAAAUAUUCUCUGUGAGAGUACUAAUCAGGUUUCCCCGGUGAAAAUCUGUGACUUCGAUUUAGGAAGCGGGAUCAAGCUCAAUGGGGACUGUUCUCCCAUCUCCACCCCCGAGCUGCUCACUCCGUGCGGUUCGGCUGAAUACAUGGCCCCGGAAGUCGUGGAAGCGUUCAACGAAGAAGCUUCCAUCUACGACAAACGGUGCGACUUGUGGAGCUUGGGGGUCAUUCUCUACAUCAUGUUAAGUGGCUACCCCCCUUUUGUGGGGCACUGCGGGACGGACUGCGGCUGGGACCGUGGUGAAGCAUGUCCUGCCUGCCAGAACAUGUUGUUUGAAAGCAUCCAGGAAGGGAAGUACGAAUUCCCGGACAAAGACUGGGCUCACAUCUCUUUUGGAGCCAAAGAUCUCAUUUCGAAACUCCUUGUGAGGGACGCCAAGAAGCGCCUGAGUGCAGCUGAAGUCCUGAAGCACCCUUGGGUGCAAGGGUGUGCUCCGGACAACACCCUUCCGACUCCUAUCAUCCUACAAAGGAAUAGCAGUGCCAAAGAGCUGACGUCCUUCGCUGCCGAAGCCAUUGCCGUCAACCGCCAGCUGAUGGAAGACGAGGAGGCGGCUGCCGAGGAGACUCAACAACCCAUCAUCAUCAAAGCUACCUCACGCUCCAUGCAGCUCUCUCCACCGUCGGAGUCCAAGCUGGCAAAGCGGCGGCAGAAAGCCAGCAUGGCAAAAGCAGACGCCAACCAGCACCUGGUUACGACCCCUUUGGUCCUCGUCGGGGAACUCCUGUGACUCUUCCUUCUCCGCGUACACAUCCAUUCGUUUCUUCCAUUUCCUCCCUUUCUUUUUCACUCCCUUUUUCCUUUUUCAAUAUUCAAACAAAAGCUAUAUUUGAAUAGCUAGGAAGAAAAGAAAAGGAAAAAAAAGAUCAGAACGACCCCCCCCUUUUCACGUUGGCUGGUUUCCAAGGUUUCUUUCUACGUCCGUUUCCUGAUCUUGUUUUAAACACUGGCUGUCUCCCCCUCCCCUGUUUUUUAUUUUAUUUUAUUUUUAGGUUAAAAAAAGUGCCAGUUAUUUGAACUGGGUUCUUCUACCUUCUACUUGUUUUGUUUUAAAAAGAAAAGAGAGAAUUUAAAUUUUGAUUUUUUCCCCUCACAUAAAAUGGGUCGCACCUCCCUUUCUCAUUGAAGGAAGGGUUCUGAGGGGUGUUUCUGUAACCCAGAUUUUUGUUUAAAAAUGCAAUUUUUUAACCCUAAAUGUCCUCUUUGGGUGUUUAUGGGGGGAUUUUGUGACGCUUUUAGCCUUUCUGGUAUAAUUUAAGUGCAAGAGAGGUCUUUUUUGAAACGGGAAGUGACUUCCACUCAUUUUCUGUUGCUAAAAAAGCUGCAAAUGGUAAAAAGGCCAUCCAUACCCCCAUGGAAGGCAUUUAGGGGCCAAAAAAUUGGAUGUGGGCAUCUGGGUGGCCCUCCAAAUUUCUCCUGGGGGGCUGGUGUGCCCCUCUAACUUUUGUGUUUGCCUAUCCCUGGUUUAAAUAAUAGGCUCCUUUUCUUUUUCUCUCUAUUCCUGUCAGUUCCUCUUUGUACUGUGAAAAAAUGGCAGGGAGAGGGAAGUCUGCAAUUAUCUUUCUUUCUUUCUUUCUUUCUUUCUAAUGUAGCAUUCUAAUGUUCAGGAUCUGUCGUUCCAUUUUUCUGAUUGCAGUUUUCCUUCUUGAUUUUGCCCUUUCGUUUCCUUCUUUAAUAUUUCUAUACCUGCAGAUUCUGCAAUGGGAAAUGACAGCGUUAGUGCGGUUUUGAGAGUAUGGUGCGGAUUUAUUUCGUCUCUUUCCGAUCCCUAACGUUUUGGGUUGGGAGCACUGGGGGUCUGCAGGGGAGAAGAAAGCAUUAGAGUAGGGAUGGUGGGCAACUGUUGGGUGUUGCGAUGAGGUCAACUUGGCCUCCGGGGGGGAUUUUCAAUAGCUAAAUCCCCCUGUAACCUGAAAAGGCCCUUGGUUGGGUCCUUUUUUGGGGAGGACAAGGCCUAAAGUUGGUGUAAAAUUGUUCCCCAACACUUCUUGGAGUGCAUUUGGGGCACAAAUACGUCCACAGAAACUCCAUGUUUCCCAUCCCUUCAUGUGCACUCUUUUCUAACUUGGUGUGGAUUCUGUGGCUGCAUCCACACUGCAGAAUUAAUGCAGUUUGACACCAAUUUAACGGCCAUAGGGAAUUCUGGGGUUUGUAGUUUUGUGAGAUAUUUUUAGCCUCUGUCAGAGUGUUGUGGCACCAAUUCAAAUCCCAGGAUUCCAUAGGAUGGAGCCAUGACAGUUAGAGCGGUGUCAAACUGCAUUAAUUCUACGGUGUGGCACCAGCCUCUAAACCAAAAAUGAGCAUUUGAGAUACCUUUGGAAUCCAGGACACAUCCUGAAGGUAUAAGACGGGUUGGGUAUCUUUUCCCCCUCCCUUUCCCUUCUAUUCUACAAUGUUACAGCACUUUUGUUAGCAGAUUGGUUCUUGGAUCUGUAACUCAGUUUCUUGCUAAGGACUCUGUGUAGGAAGGAUGUGGAAAUCCUAUCUCCCCAAGCUCCUGUUUAAUCGAUAUUUGUCCCGAUCUAAAGUGGGAUUUUAUAGCGGACUUAAUUUUGUUGUUUAAAAAAGGUUCUGCAUAGGGAAUGGUCAAAUAAAAUCCAGUUCUUCUUUUGCAGGAUGGUUAUGAGGGAGGUCUACUCAAAAGCAAAGGCGGGAGUCCUGUAUCUGAUCAGACUGUAAAUCCCAGCAUUCUGCUGAGAGCUGAAACCAAACAGUGGCCUGAGAGCUUCAUGCUAGUUUGAGUACCUUCCUGCAAUAAAUUCCCUAGUUUUUAAUAGGGAAAAUAUACCACAAAGCGAUUCUCGGCAGGGCGUUAUGUAAGAAGAGGGAAAGGAAUCGAAAAGGACCAUGCAACAUUACUCGGUUGAGUUGCAGAUCUAGAAUGUACUGCGGUGUUACGUGUGUCUGUUUCAGGGCUGGAAGUCCUUUAAUAAGAGUUGAGCAACAAAUUAGAAAAAGGUUUCUAACUUGGCGUUUUAAUUUCGUUUUGAAUUGAGUUUAAAAAGAAAGGACACCAACAAAAAUGGUGUUGUGGAUCAUGUUUAUCCCUCCAACACACGCGCUGAAAAUAUUUUUUAAAAACGACAGUGAAGUUAGUUUGAAGUUAAAGGUGCCGAAGGCUUGAGAAACAAUAUUUACAAGAAGCGGGGGAAUUUAUCUGAAAUGGCACAGGAUCCUUUAGUUGUGUGGAAGAGAUCGGAAAAACUUUCUUAAGAAGUUAAAACGCUGGAAAAGGAGAGAUAGGCAAGUUGUUAAACUGGAUGCAUUUAGUAUUUUUGCGGUGAUAAACUGGGAUCCCUUUCACACCACACAGUUUUAUAGCGCUGUUGUUCCACUUUAACUGCUGCAGCUGCCGUUUGUGGCAUCCCAGGAUUUGUAGUUUGUUGAGACGCUAGAUCUCUUGGGCUGAGAAUUUUAAUAUACCCCUCCCUAAACUGCAAAUCCCAGGAAUCAUAGUGCUACAACUCUGUUGUGCGGAAGGACCCCUGGAUCGGUUUUUUACCAAUGCAGGGACAACGUAGUCCUAAUUUCUUUCCAAAAUGCAAAAUCCGAAACGAAAGAGGAGGCAAGAUGGUGCCAGAGCUUGAGGAACUGAAAGAGCGCCGGUGUAAAUCGUUGGACGCUUCUGAUAUUGUUGGACUGUCAAUCCGAGCAGUCCUUAUCAUUGGCUUGGAUUGAAGAUGGGAGUUGCAGUCCAAGAGCGUUGGAAAGGCUGGACUAUGCUCGCCCCUGAGCUGACAUAAAUGAAACUGGUUUUGGUUGUGGUUUUUACUGAUGGUGCAAUAAGAAGAAGACUAGCCCCCAAAGAUUUAAGCAAGAGAAGUGAAGUUGAAUGUGGCUCAGGGCUAGGUUGUUUUGAGAUAAUCUUGGCUUGUUCUCAGUGGUUUUUCUCAGUCCCUUUAAGCCAUAGCCUAGGAACAGUGUGGGCAUGCAGUCUCCCUUGUAGUCCCAAAAAUGCCCAUUUCGAAUGCAGUUUCCUUGCUUCUCCCCCAAAGUUUCCCUACAAAUACUGGGCAGGUAGGAUUUGGAGCUUUAAAAUGUAACGUCCUACACUGCCAUGGAACAACAUUUGGGUAAAUCAAAUAUGCCAUGGCAUGGAUUUUGCUGAAUCCGUUGGGCUUACUCCUGAGUAGCUUUGGAGGAGGAAGUUAUGUGUCAGGGAUAUCGAACGCACUGUGAGAUAUUAAAAUGGCUGCCAGCUGUCCCUUGUUCGCUGGUUCCCAUUUGAAAUGGAAACUUUCUGAAUCAUACUGAAGAUUUCAAACUGUUCCCUUAACUAUAAAAAGCACCCAUCACAAUAAUCUCACAACAUGGACGGCACAGGCAUCUAGUUUGCUUUGUGUGUGUUGCAGCGUGUCCUGUCUCUUUCUGCCUGGACCUUGGUCACAUUAACUCUGCUGCAUAUGCGCAGGAUGGAGGUGUGUGCCGUGCAACAUGGAAUAGCCAAUCUAGCAUCGCAGUAGUUGCUGGAAAUUGAUUUUUGGCCAGAGGUUGUGCACACGCAUACCUGACCAUGGUGUCAGGGCAGCAUAGCUUGAGAUCGGUUGACAGUAGCCAUUGGUGAGGUGGAUUUUAGCAGACCACUUUCCUGGCACAAUUGGCCCCUUAUUGCUCCCCCGUUUGCCUUUAGCGCAGUCCUCAAAAUGGAGUGGAGGAAAACAGAAUAAGGACAUCUCUGUUCUUCUGAAAUGUUCUUAUUUUGUUGCCUUGUUUCUGCUCUUUGUACCCUUCUUUUCAUGCUGUGGUCCCCGUUUCUUCUUGAUAAAUAUAUGCGCUGUAUCUCUGCAGAUUUGUUGACAUGGAUAGAGGAAUCUUGCUGAAACUAUUGGUCUUACUUCUGAGUAAACCUGAGACGGAGUAGCUUUGAAGGAGGACUUUACGUGUAUCCCAGACUGGUUAGGGAGGCAAUUUUCAAACUUGAGGUGGUUUGCGGUGCAUAUCUGAAGUGCUGAACUUACUAGACGGUAAUGCCUAGGUCGACUGCACAUUUUUUUCCGUGGAUCUGUUCUCCUUUUGGCAUCCUGGGCAUUGUUCUUGUUUUCUCUUUCGGAUCUUCUCCGAAGAAUUUCCCGAGGCCUUUGGAGGGGAUUGCAGCCACAAGGGCUUUCCGACUGGGAGGCAAAACCUCCUUUGCACAUCUUGAACUGUUGUUUUGUGAUUUCGAGAACCAUUCUUUUCUCUGAGAAAAGAUUAGUACUAUGCAAUAGCUGUUUGGGGUGGCAAUAUUGCAUAUAACGUUUUCGGAUAUCUUAAUGGCUGUGUGAGGCCAUUCUGAUAAAGUAAGGGGGCUGUAAAGUAGUUUGGCUGUGCUUAAACCCUCACCUUUUUCUACUUUGGAUAAUUUUGUGCCCCCGCCGACAGCUGGGUUCCUCCCCCAAUCGGUCUGUUGUCUGUUUCUUUUGUAUAUCCAUGCAAUUUUACCCAUCAAAUGCCCUUUUUUGCAGGGCAAGGGGUGCGGACUGAACUUUGGGAGGUGCAGAGCGGUCUGUGAAUCCGAGAGCACCUCGAAGUGGAAUGGUCUGAAUCACUAAAGAGGUUGUUUUUCUAUUAAGAGAACUUUGUGUAAUGCAUUUAGUUAUCAGAUAUAGACCGUAGUCUUAUGGGAAGAAAUACUUGAACUACGUACUGUUGAAUCGGGAUGCCUUUCUGUCAGGGAAAGCUGCAGGUUACAGCUUUUAAAUCACUUUUGCUUUUUUGGUUUGUUGGGGACACCUCUGAUUGUUUUUGAUCAAGAAGUGAAAGCCUCUAGACCCAGUUUUGAUGUCAGGCGUGGACUACUGUUUGCAGCGUCUGGUCGCUGCCAUUGGUUUGAAAAAACGGAGAAACCUAUUCAAUUUGGGGUUCUCCCAAAGCACAGAACUUGAAUUUCAGACCUCAUGGGAGUGCUAGAUUGGGAUCCCAGGGUAAGUAACCUGGGUCGGGAAAUGAUUUAAUAAUUCUCAAGAUAUUGCAUCGAUUGGUUGGCUUGUGCCUGCAUUUUUGGGGGUCAGGUGUCUGCAUUUUUAAAAAAUAGCCCACACAUUUGAGGGGGUGGGAAUGGGAAGUUUGACAGCUGCAGAUAGAUAGGAAAACCUGCUUUCCUUUUGCUGCUGAGUCUGCCACAGAAACAAGUUCUGUGAAUCGUUUCAGCAAUGGAAGGUCACUGGGAGCCCAGUGCUGUAUUGCCAAAGGAGGAGAUGGUCUUCUUUGGGAUUUUCUUCUUUCCUUCCACCUUGGGUUUGCCAUCUAAUUUUGGGAAAGGGAAGGACUGCAUGUUGUUCUGGUUCCUUCUUGAUCCUAUGCCUUUGGUUGUAGACUCCCCAUGGGCAUGGUUGUUUUUUUUUGUUUGUUUCUGCAUUGAAUGGUCAGUAAGAGAUGCUAAUCUGCUUUUCGGGUCUUCUUCCCAAAGAAGAAUUCCUGUCGGCAUGAUUUUAGCACAUGAAGAUCUUGCUCCAAAGUCGCUUUUAUCCUCUUUCCACUGUCCGACGCUAUUCGGUUGGAUGUGGAUACAGCGUGUCAGGACCAUGGCCUCCAAAAAUCAGUGAAUUUGGGUUUCUUUUAAAGAAAAUACACAGCAACCUGGUGUAUCAAUUUUGGUGGAGAAUUAGUUGAGAGACUCAUGAUCUUGCCAUUUUUAUGGCUUGUGUAGGUUGAAGAGGGACAGUGUGAUGGAGAAAGCCACCUUAGGGAUGCUUCCCCUCCCAAAACCUCAAAGUCCAAUUCAGGCAAAAAUGGAGAGAGCUUUCCAAAAAUGUCCUUGUGCUACAAGUCCCAGAAUCCCAUGGCCAGCAUGGGAAACGCCGGGACUUGUGGUCCAAAAAUGUUACUUUUUCUGAGCCCUUGAGAAAUGGGAUCCUGCUCUUGGGGAAGGGAUGAACUCUAGUACUGUGAAAACCCGACAUCUUGGCUUGUAAAUCCCAUUGAAAGCGACGGGUUUGUUUCAACUGAUGGCGAUUCUCCCUUCUUUCAGAUCCUGGGUUUGCAGUAUUUAGCCUUCAGGGAUGUAUCUCAGUGAUCCAGUUUUGUGUGUGUGUGUGUGUAUGCGUAUUGAAAACGCUUUGAUUCCCGGGACGUGAGUAGGAUAUUUCCUCCGUGCGGCCCUUGAAUUUUUUCCUUUUCCUGCCCCCUAAACCUAUAUUUUUGUGUGUGUGAGAGACCAAAAUGUAGCGGUGCUUAGAUUACCCACCUCUGGAUAUAGAGAAGAAACCUACUUUCUUUAAUUAAUUUCUUUUUCUCCAAGUAUCUUCCAUAGCCGAGGAUUGUCUAGACUUACAACCUUUUCACGAAUAUGUGUGCGAAUCCUCCGUGUUGGAGAAUUGCAAACUAGUGCCCUUGUUACACACAAUUCCUCCAGUUUGGAAACUGGGGGGGAAUUAAACUCAGUUUCAAGUUACUAGUCCUGAUUCUCUGGAUGAGGUGGGAACUCCUCGAACACAGACCUUUGGCAUCUUAUCAGACUCUCUCUCUCUUUCUCUCUCUCUCUCAAGAUAGCUUUCCAUCUUUGGAUUGGUUUAUUUAGCCACCCGAUAUUUCUUUGAAACAUUAACCCUUGCCAAAGUUCUUCCUUUUAUUCCUCCUUAUGAAAACAUUGCCUGUCUUGGAAUAUGCUCUCUUUCAUUUUUAAUUUACCUCCACAAGUUUUUAUUAGCUGCAAGUUCAGGGAAGGAUUUGGGGAAUGAACGUCUCGACGCCGCUUCGAUUCGACGCCCUCCUCCUCUCUUCCUUUCCUCAGUUUAAAAGUCCGAUUAGAACUGGUUAGUAACGUUGUUUUUGACUGUGAAACGUUUUAUUUUGUUUUCUUUUUAAAAGAAAAAAGGAGAAAAAAAAAAUGGGGGGAUAAAAUCAGUCCAGAAGAAGAAGAAGAAAAGGACUGCCAAAGGGUUUUGUGUUUUUGUGACGCGAAAAGUCAUCUUUUCAGGGGCGGAAGAAUCCUCCGCAAAAGAGGCUGGUUUUGGAAGCGAGGAAGGGAGGGAGAAAUAACAACAACUUUAAAAACAAAAAUAAAAAAACCUUAAAAAAAGAAACAAAAACAAAUAAAAAACAAGCACUUUAUUAUGUAUCAGGUGAACUGAUACAGCUUGAUGGAACUGUUUCCUUUGUAACAACCUUGUUGAUGCCAGAAUUUUUUGUAUUCUGUUUUGUAAGGAUUUAAUAAAUGCAUUGAAACACA